CUAUCAUUGAAACAAAAGAAUAUGUUGCUUGGUUUUGAGGCUAACACAGAAGAAACCAGAACUCGAAAUCGGAGUAUUAAUGCAUCAGUCAUAUUGAAAUCCUGGCCACCCAGCCCCGGUGAGGGCAGGGGAAUUAAAGCAUUCUGGAGAUUUAACACUGUAAUUACGUCUAAAUCAAAGAAAAUGAUCAGUUUAGCGGACUUUUUCGCUAAAGGGCCGGCCAUUGUUGAAAUGUUAAUUUCCCCGGUAUUCCACGGGGUUCUUGACGGUUUCAAUAAAUGAUGCAUGGAUUAUUUGAUCUCCGAACGAGUGUGUGAUAGUGGUCUCCCUGUGUCAUUUUUACGUCACCAUAAGGAGACCGACCAUUCAGGUUUCGUGCAUGUACAGGACCAGGCGCGAAGUCUUUUCUGACAAUACUUGCUUUAAAAUGUCAGACAAGCUAGAUAUUCACGUGCAUAUUUGCAUGUACUCUCCUGAUCAACAACACACAGUUGAGAAGAGCAUUUUGCUCAGAGAAAACAAAGACAUCAGUUGGUCUGAUGUGGUUAAACUAUUUGAAAAACAAGUGUCACACAAAGAGAAUGCUUGGUUUUUCCAGUACUUUGAUGAUGAACAAGAUAUGAUAUUUGGGAAAACGGAACUUGAAUGGAAAGAGGCCAUAAACACAGGAUGUGAAUUACAGGGGAACAGAAAUACUUUGCACAUCAGUGCAUUUCCUAUGAAGUCAAACAAUAAAGAGAGAAGCAGCAUAUCUGGUUGUUGCUCAAAGAUUUGUGGUGACUUUUGCAGACCUAUUCCAGAACCACCACCUCUGUAUGAUACAAUCCCAAAUAAGGUAACAAACAUGAACCAGAGUGAAUAUAAGUACAGCAAUGAAGCAUUAAGAGCUGUAGCUCUUCCUCUUGGAGGACUUGGUGGUGGUAAUAUUGCCUUAGCUGGUGAUGGAGGCCUGCGUCAGUGGCAGAUCUGUAAUGAAGUCAACCACCUUGGCAUUGCACCAGAUUCUUUUUUUGCUAUAAGAGUUGAUCAAGGCAGUACAUCAAAAGCUGUUGCACUGCAGUCAGAUACAUGGUAUAACCAAGAAGGCUUUGUUCCAGCAGCAUAUAUUACUGAUCAUGUGGUGCCUGAAGCCUCAAAGCAACUGUUAAGUGACAUUCCAGGGAUAAAGACUCUAGAAAUUACAGCAAAGUAUCCCAUUGCAGAAGUGGACUAUCUAAGUGAUGAGGUUCCUGUUCAGAUUCACCUUGAAGCAUUCAGCCCUACUAUCCCUUUAGAUUCAAAGAACAGUGCUUUACCUGUUGUAAUCUUUAAUUUCACCGUCACCAACACCGGGAAAGAAGAAGCCAAGGUAUCAUUGCUAGGUUCUCUUCAGAAUAUUGCUGGUUGGGAUGGAACAUCAGAUAUAACUUCAGAAGUGCACAAUGCUGGCUAUGGAGGAAACAUCAACUCUUUGAUUCAAAACAGUGAUAUGUAUGGAAUAGAUAUGUACAAUCCAACACUCCCUGAAAAGAUCAACUCAAAUGGACAUGUGGGUAUCACUGUAAUGCCCAAAGAUGGUGACAAGCUGAGUUGUGAGCUUCAAUAUUCUUCAGUGAAAGAGAUGUGGGAACAUUUUACAAAAGAUGCACUUGUUGGUCAGGGACAAACUGGCCCUUCUCCUCCUGGUACAACAUGGAAUGGGGCACUGUGGUGCACCAGAACUCUUCAGCCCAAUACGUCAGAGAUAUUCACUUUUUUCUUGGCCUGGCACUUUCCUCACAGAUACGUAGAUUGGAAUCAGCCAGGACUUGAAUAUUCAAAUCCAAACAGUGCAUUUUUUAUUGGCAAUCAAUACAGUAACUUCUGGAAAGACAUCAAAGAGGUACUAACCUACACAGCUGUAAAUCUUGACAACUUAACAUCAUUCACAAGGAGUUUCAGAGAUUCAAUGUUUGAAGCAACAUUGCCAUGGCAGCUGAUUGACAGUGCAGCUGGGCGUAUCAGUGUGUUGAAGUCACCUACUUGUAUGUGGAAUGCUGAUGGUAAUUUCUAUGCUUUUGAAGGUUGUAGCGAAAAGAAAGGUUGCUGUCCCUUGAACUGCACACAUGUGUGGAAUUAUGAAAUGGCUCUGGCCAAGUGUUAUCCUGACCUUGAGCAAACAAUGAGAAAUGUUGACCUGAAUGAACAGAUUACACCUCAUGAUGUCAUACCAAGUCGUACCAUUGUGCCUUUGGUGCUCCGUCGUAUUUGGACAUAUUGGGACAAUUACUCCAUUGAUCAAUCAUCAACAACUAUUUGUGUAGACGGUGAAAUUGGUACAGUUCUUAAAAUGUACAGAGAGGUGAGGCAAGGAGCUCCACAUGAAUGGUUUAACAAGUUGUGGCCAAAAGUAAAAAAGAUUAUGUCAAGAUGGAUGACACAGUUAGACAAUGGCCAAGGUGUUAUAACUGGGCCACAGCCAAAUACUUACGACUGUGCCAUUUAUGGAAUAAAUGUCUAUAUUGGCGGUUAUUACUUAGCUGCUUUGAGGGCAGCAGAAGAAAUGGCAAAGCUGCAAGGUGAAAUGGAUCUUGCUGCUAUCUAUCAUGAGAGGUUUCUGUCAGGUCGCGACCAGCUAGACACUCGAUGCUUCAAUGGCAAGUGGUACACACAGAUUGUUGAUCCAAAGAACCAAGUAAAUGAAGUUGCUGAUGGUACUUGGGUUGACUGUCUUGUUGGUCAGUGGUGGGCGCAUUCACUUGGCCUUGGAUACAUACUGAAGAAAGAAAACAUACAAUCAACAUUGCAAAAUGUAUUUGUAAGGAACCACGUUGAUAGCUUUAACCCAGCAACCCAAAAACCUCGACAGUUCUUUGACCAACGAGAUGCAGGGCUGACUAUUUGUGUCUUCCCUGACAAAGUACCAGAAAAACCUUUAGUUUAUUACUCAGAGGGAGCCUGGUCUGGACUGGAGUAUGAGUUUGCCGCACUGUGCUUGUACGAAGGCCUCAAUGACAUCGCUAUUCAUGUUCUUACUGACACAAGGAACAAAUAUGACGGUACAAGGCGUAGUCCAUGGAAUGAGAUCGAGUGUGGUGAUCACUAUGCUCGCCCAAUGUCGUCGUUCUUGCUCUUCGAGACUGCAUCUGGUCAAGACUGGAACUUCGAUAAGGGUGAUCCUUCAUUUGUCAAUCUGCGAUUUGCUCCACGUAUCAAUGAGUGUGAUUUCCGUGGAUUCUUCAUUCUUGGUUGCUGUUGGGGACAGUAUGUACAGAAAGGAGAUGUUGGUCUUAUUAAUGGACGUAUUCAGUUAACUGUUAGUUUUGGCGAAUUACGAUUAUCUGAACUGAGUUUUGUUUCCUGUGCCUCCAAGAUAACCGCUAGUUGUACCGAUGGAGAAAAUAUCGAGAACUUUUCUGUCCAGACAUUGAAGAAAAACGGACAGGUGAUAGUCAGGAUGCCAAAGAAUUCCACAGGACCAAUUAUCAAAUCUGGAUCUUCGCUUAUUCUUGAGUUAUCAGGGUAAAGGUAAACAAAGAAGGACUACAAGAGCUAUGUACACUAGCAAGUUAAAUUCCAUUGAUCACCAUUGAAUUGAAAUUUCACUGGGACCCCCCCCCCUCCCCCCGGGGGGGGGGGGGCUCUCUUAUAAAAGGGGCGAGGGUCCUCGUCGGAAAUUCUGAAAAUGACCUCUAAAAGGGACCUGUACUGUGAGAUGGUGGGCGUGGCAGUGCUGUAAAUUCCCCCUAAAAGGGACCAAUCAAUAACAGGUCAUUUUGUUUUGCUUUCCCGAUUUAAUUUGUGUUUUUGCACAAGCAUCAAACGCCGUCGGCUCGUAUUGAGAUCAACCAUCUAAUUAGCAGUUAUGGUUAUUCUACCUGAGGAAGAUCGGUGUAAUCGAUCGAAUCGUCGUGAAUCGUUUCAACUUUGGUCCAGUAUUUGACUUAUCACUUUAUUUAAUUAUCACGACUGGAUGACUAAUUUACACUUAGAUAGCAGUUAUGGUUGUUGUUGAUCUUUUGAUAACGGCUUAGGGUCGUCGUACAUACCAUAAUAGGGACCACAAAACUCGGUUGGUGGGAAUUCUCGUCUUUAUCACCCUAAGCGGGACCAAAACACUGAUUUCAUACCCUAACAGGGACGACGAGGACUCCGGCCUUUUAUGUUAGGAUGUCUUUUGUUUUCUAUUGUUUAAUCAACAUUAUCUAGUAGAGUCAUCGCACUUAAUCCGUGCAACUGUACAAACUAAAUAGUUCUAUUUAGUUGUAUUUAGUAAAUCGUACAUGCGGAAUACUACACAAAUUCUGUAACCAAUAUAAAUAAGAAAAAAAAUUCUAGAGGAACGCAUUAUGAGCGUUUUUCCUCAUUAAUUGUAAAUAGCUGUUUAAUUGAGUUUAAUUGAUUAAUAAUAAUAAAAAAAAGAAGAAAAAAAAUCGUACAUGCGGUACGCAA